AUGUAUUGUCGAUCAUUAUGUAUGGUGUCUCGAUUAGCAAUAAAUACGUCUUAUAUUGGAACCCGAUGUCUUGUAGCAUCAUAUAAUAAACAGAUACUAUAUUCACCUCAACAAUCCAAUCGUUACCUAGCUCAACAAACAUUGAAUCAACGACAACCAGGUCGUAUUCGUCGAUUUUUUCGUUGGUUUGGAUGGGGAGCUGAACCAAUGGUUUCCACACUUCCACCACCACCGCCACCGGCAACUACUAUGCAACGAAUAAAACGUUUUCUUUCUUUGUCACCAUCGAUUGAACGAUUUUUACUUCGAUCUCAUAUUAUUGAAGAUGAAGAUUUAGCAAGAUUACUGUCUAAAACAGCUGCUAUUGCAAUUUAUGCUAUGAUUAGUGUUUCAACACUUGGUACACUCGGUGUUGAUACAAAACCUCUAUUAGCUGGUAUUGGUAUAACAGGUUUUACGAUUGGUUUUGCGUUAAAAGAAGUAGCAACAAAUUUUAUCUCAGGAAUAUUUCUUGUUAUUAAUAAACCAUUUGUUCGAGGAUGUCGAAUUAAAAUUCAUGGAAGUGGUGGUGGAAUUGAAGGUCUUGUUCAUUUAAUUGAUGUUCGUUAUGUUCACUUGAAAACAAAAGAUCGUGGUAUGGUAAUGGUUCCAUCAGCAAUUGUUUAUACAAAUGCAUUCACUGUGUUUCCAGCAGAUGAUGAGGCUAAUGCUGGUUUUAUGGAUAUGACAAAACCUCCGACAACUGAUCCUACAAAACCAUCGCAACUACCAUCAUCACCAUCAUCAAAUGUUAAUAUAUCAAAACAAAAAAAUUUAAAAAUGAAGUUUGAAGGCGAACCAGCAGGAUCAUUUAAAAAAUCAGCAUUAAGUGAAAAACUAUAG